AUGGUGGGGGUCCUAGCCAUGGCGGCUGCAGCUGCUCCCCCUCCCGUGAAGGACUACGAGAUUGAGCCUUGCAAAAAGCGAAGGAAAGAUGACAAUGACAGAUCUUCCUGCAAAACAAUUACAAAAUAUUUAUCACCAAUAGGAAAGACUGGAGACAGGGUUUUCUCUCCAUCGAAAUCCAGUAAUAUUAUGCGUUACUUUAGGAAGACUUCACCUAUGAAUGAGAAGUUACAAUCAGCAAAAGAUUGCAAGAUAAAUUUGUCUUCACCAUCGCCUACUGACAGUAACAAUGACUGUAAGACAUCUGUGGAAAUGUUCUCAAAUAUAGAGCUGAAAAAGAAAAGAAAGAGGGUUAAUCUAUCUCAUCAACUAAAUAAUAUUAAAACUGAGACUGAAUCUCGAAUUGAAAUUAGUAAUGAUGAUACUAGGGAUGAUUAUAGUUUAAAUAAUGAUUUUGUGGAGAAAAGUACCUCUAUUUUACUUCACAAGAAACCCAUAGAGAUUGUUGCAGAAAGUUUUCAAGCUAGCAGAAACCAAUCAAAUACUCUAACCACCAAUAAGAGUUUAAAGAAAGUAAAUCCUAAACAAGGCACCACAAAAAGCGAUUGCAAAAGAUUGAGGAAAAGAAAGCACAGAGAUGUAAUUGAUCUACCUGAAAAUUUACUCUUGGGAGAAGAACUAAAAGCUUGUAAAGAUGGUAAACAGACAAUGCCUUCUCUAACUCAUGAAACUAAGAGUGUUACAGAUUAUGCUAAUGCUAGUGAUCAUGAAAUUGUCAAUUUACAUGAUAGUACAGUAACUGUCUCCUAUGAGGAAUUUCUAAAAAGUCACAAGGAAAGUCAAAGGCAACAGAUGCCAGACUCUACAAUGUCAAUUUGUGUUUCUUCUGACACAGUUGAAGUGGCCAAAAGUGAUUAUAUAAGUGAACCAGAAAACUGUGAACUAUCUCAGCAGGUACACUUUAAGACAGUUACUGUCCUUGCACAGGUUCACCCCACUCCCCCCAAAAAGAUAGGAAAGAUUCCCUCAAUCUUCUUGAAACAAAAGCAGUUUGAGAUGGAGACUAGUUUUUCUGAUCCUGAGAAUGAACAUACAGUUCAGAAAAGGAAAUCUAACGUUGUGAUACAGGAGGAAGAACUUGAGUUGGCAGUGUUGGAGACUGGAGGUUCAGAAGCUGUGAAACCAAAGUGCAGCCUAGAAGAGAGACAGCAGUUUAUGAAAGCAUUUAGGCAGCCAGUGUCAGAUGCACUUAAAAAUGGAAUUAAAAAAUCUUCAGAUAAGCAGAAAGACCUGAAUGAAAAAUCUUCAAAUGAGGAAGAAAGAGAGAAUGGUAAAAAAUUAAACACGGAUAAUUCUAGUAGCCAAAUGGUUUCAAAUAAUGACAGUUCACAAUCACACAUUGAGAAACGAAAUUUUCCAAAGGAGAAAAGUAAAAAGUUAAAGAAAAAGGGUAAGAAAACAUUAGAUGAUAGGGAUACUUCAGGCGAAAACAGAGAGAGUAAUACUCAAAUGAGAGAAACAACCUUUUCCUUAAAAAAUAAACAAAAUCAAAAUAAGCAUAGAAUGAGUUUAAGACAAAAGAAACCAGAAGUUUUCAAAAGCAGUACAUUAUUUAACAGUGAAAGUCUUGCUUGUGAUAACCUUUUAAAGAUUCCUCUGAGUGACAAUACAUCAAGAAAAACCAGUACACCAAUUAAAAACAAGAUUAUGCAUUCUAAAGCUGAAUUUGAAGAUGGACUGAUAAAUCUUUCUACGUACAAAUCAACCAGGAGAUCUUUAAGAAAUAGAAACAUAAAUACUUCGGUAGCUCUAAGAGCUACUGAUUCCGAAGAUACACAAGACAAUAGUCCAGUAAAAAAAUCUAGCCCAUCAGAAAAGCAUAGCCUAUACACUGCAGAGUUAAUAACAGUAUCCUCAGAUUCAGAAAGUCCUAUCAGAAUGAAAUUCAUCAGAAUUAAUACUCCCAGAAAAUCAAAGAAAAAAUCUAGGAAAUUUGAAACAACUGAUGAAGAUUUUACUUCUCAAACUAGAAAGGUAAGCAGUACUUCAAAUAUAUCAAAAGCAAAACAAUUGAUUGAAAAGGCAAAAGCUUUACAUAUCAGUAGGUCAAAGACUACUGAAGAAAUCGUGACACCCUUAAGGCGUUCCUCUAGACAUCUGGAAAAGGAAAAAUCACCGGAAUCAGAUGACUCUGUAAUACUGAUAGAUUCAAGUCCCACUUGUUUAAAAAAGCCAGAGAAAAAUCAGAAGAAACUUCAGUGUUUGAAUGAUGUGCUAGGAAAAAAGCUUAACAAGUCUUCUGAAAAUGUACCUGGAAAAAUGAAAGUUGCUCCUUUAUUUCUUGCCAGAAAGACUCAAAAAACAGCCAAUCCUGUCCUUGGUUUUGAUGAGAGCAGUCAAGAUUCAUCUGAAAAAUCACAGGAUUGUGAUGUACAGUUUAAAGCAAAGCGUGAGUUUCUCAUGAGUGGCUUGCCUGACUCUUUGAAACGACAAAUUGCAAAGAAAGCUGCUGCACUAGAUGUUUACAAUUCAGUAAGUGCCAGUUUCCAGAGAGUUGUUCAUGUUCAGCAAAAAGAUGAUGGGUAUUGGUUAUGGCAUUUGAAAGCACCCUGUUGUCCUCUGUUAACCAAACUUAGAGAACUGAGUUCUAACAUAAUAGAUCUUUCAAAAUGUGUCAUUGCUCUGGGUGAAUUUUCAACAUUGAAUUCAAAUCUGAAAAGUAAUUCUGCUGUCUUGUUUACAAGGACAAGGAAGGAUUUUACUAAAGAUGUAAGAAAUCUUUUGCUGGAAGAAAUGAGAUGGUCCAAUCCUAACUUUGCUUUUGGAAAAUAUUUUCCAUUGCUUCUCCAAAAACGAAUUGAGUACCAGGUGCUUUCUGAGGUCCCUGGCAACCAAGAAAGUCCACAAUUUGAGCCUGAUGUUAGUCAUAAAGAAACCAAAAGGAAACGAGUGGAAACAGGAAAUCAGAAGUCAAAAAGAAAAAAGCCAAAUGAAUAUUCAGUAAUUCCAGAAAAAAUAAAGGGGAAGUCAGAAGAUCUUGACAAAAGAAAUAUCUCUUCUGGGAUAAAGCCAGAUUCCUCCAAAGAUUCUGGAAUUGAAGACAUGCUCUGGACAGAAAAAUAUCAACCUCAGAAUGCCAGUGAACUCAUAGGCAAUGACUUAGCUAUAAAAAAAUUACAUAGUUGGUUGAAAGACUGGAAAAGGAGAGCCGAAUUGGAAGAAAGACAGAAUUUGAAGGGAAAACGAGACGAGAAGCUGGAAGAUUUUUCAGAUAGGAUAGACCUUUACAGCAGUUCAGAUGAAGAAGAGAGCCGUCUUUGCAAUACUGUUCUCAUAACAGGACCAACAGGAGUAGGAAAAACUGCUGCAGUGUAUGCUUGUGCUCAGGAGCUUGGAUUUAAGAUAUUUGAAGUGAAUGCCUCUUCCCAGCGCAGUGGUCGACAAAUUCUGUCUCAGUUGAAAGAAGCUACUCAGUCCCAUCAAGUAGACAAGCAAGGUGUAAAUUCACAGAAGCCCUGUUUUUUUAAUAGCUACCACACUGGCAAGUCACCAAAAAAGUUAAACUCCCCUAAGAGAGUUUUAUCAUCACCAAGAAAACAUCCUCCAUCGUCACCCAAAAAUAGUGGGCAAAAACGAGCACUUCUUCCUAAAACUUUGGCCAAUUAUUUUAAAGUUUCUUCCAAACCCAAAUGCACUGAAGAAGGAGGAGCAUCUAUGGAAAGUAAGAAAGGAAUAAAACAUUCUUCUUUGGAACAAAAGCAAAUUACUCACACCAAAAAUACAAAUGAAGCUAAUUCAAAUAUCAAAGAAUUUGGAGCUGAAGAACCCAACAGAAAAAAUGCAACAUCUCUCAUUCUUUUUGAGGAGGUUGAUGUCAUUUUUGAUGAAGAUGCUGGAUUUUUGAAUGCAAUCAAAACAUUCAUGGCAACCACUAAACGACCUGUAGUCCUUACUACAAGUGAUCCAACAUUUAGUUUAGUGUUUGAUGGUUGUUUUGAAGAAAUCAAUUUCAAUACUCCGUCCCUGCUAAAUGUUGCCAGCUACCUACAGAUGAUCUGCUUAACUGAGAAUUUCAGAACUGAUGCAAAAGAUUUUGUAACCUUGUUGACUGCUAAUGCUUGUGAUAUCAGGAAAAGUAUCCUUUAUUUACAAUUUUGGAUUAGAAGUGGAGGUGGAUUUUUAAAAGAAAGGCCAUUACCUGGUUGUCUCUUUACUUAUAUUCACAUUCAGCACAAAAUCACUACAAAGGAAGAAUGGCAGAAACUCAUGCAGAUUCUUUCAGAAUUCCAUAUGCAGAAUGUAGAUUUUUUAUAUAGUAAUCUUGAGUUCAUUCUGCCAUUACCAGUUGACAUCAUUCCAGAUAGAAAAGCUGUCUGUGGCUCAUCAGUAACAUUGGAUGCCAAUGCAACAUCUGUUGUGAGGUAUCCUGCUAGGAAACAAUCUGAAAAACAGCAGCCAUUGAAGAAGUCACAGAAAAAGAAACAGAAAACGAUGGUGAUACUAGAUGAUAGCGACUUAUUUGACACUGGUUUGGACUUUCCUGAUGAAGCUAUUAGCCUAUCCCCUGAGUCUUACUCAAAUUUAGAAGAAAGCAAAGACACAGACAAAGAAAGCAAUCCUGAGACAAAGAAACUAAACAAGUGCUUGGAGUCUGACAUUGAGACUAUUCCUCAUCCUCCUGAAACACCCACAGAGAAAAACUCUUCAGCCCUUGUUUCUCAUUGUUUAAAUUCUCUCGCUGAGUUCGUGGAUAACCUGUCCUUCUUAGAUGCUGUUUUAACUGAUGUAAAUAAACUGAAGGAAUUUGGUAAAAAUGACUUUCAUUGGACAAGUGGAAAGGUUAAAAGUGGACUUUGUGAUGAGUUUAGUCUUGAGAAUAGUGAUGGAUGGACUUCCCAAAGCUCUGUAGAAUUAAAAGCAGCUGCAGAAGCUCUCAGCUUCACUAAAUGUUCUUCUACUAUUUCAAAAGCCUUGGAAUCCUUGAAUGCAUGCAAGAAAUUAGGAAAAGAUCCAACCAAAGAUCUUACCUUUUAUGUUUCACAAAAGCGCAACAAUGUAUGCUUUAGCCAGUCAGCAGCUAAUUCAGACAGUGCUUGGAAGAGGAUAGCAAUCAUUAAAAGUGUAUUUUCUAGUCGAUCUCUUCUGAACCUGGGUAAUAAACAAGCUAGUAUAAUCGAAUACUUGCCAACUCUUCGAAACAUUUGUAGGACUGAGAAGUUAAAAGAACAUGGAAAAAACAAAAGAAGGUUCCUGCACUAUUUCGAAGGAAUCCAUCUUGACAUUCCUAAAGAGACUGUCAAUACUUUGGCAGCUGACUUCCCUUAAUAUACCCAUGAACAUCACUUCUGGGCCUUUCGAGCAGGAUCAAAGUGUCUUAUCUGUUCUUGUCAGUUUGAUAUCUGGUAUGUCCUGUAGUUUUUUGGAUCAAGGAGAUGGAAUAGUUUUCUCCAUCCACUUCAGUCAUAUUGUAGAACCUCACAGAAUGAUGCACAAAAACACAAAGCAAAGCAAAAUGACUCAUUGACAAUGUCUUAUACAGUGUGCGUGGUACUUAAGGUGCAUUUUUGUACUAUAUUGAUCUUCAUGGAAGAGUUUUUCUUAAUGUACAUUUGAAACAGACUUUGUAUUUUUAUUACUGUAAAAAUAUUUAAAUGAAAUUUUUGUUAAAAUUGAAUAUAUAUGACUUUGUAAGUUUUUUAAUGAAAUUUUUGUAUUAUCUAAUUUUGCUUUGUUGGUAAUAUGUUUUGUAUGUUGAGUGAACUGUUCAUAGAAAAGGAC